CUUCGUAUUAAUAGCUACGAUGCCUCCCUGAUGGGGUCCAAUCUCGGCAGCUUAUUCGCGCGGUUCAAAGGAUCCUUUUCAAAAAACGUAUAUGGAUCUCCAUUUCAUCUGGCCUUACAGACCGCAAAAGUCCUGUGUUUUGGACAUAUCAUCAACGAACAUGUCAUCACUCUAGCACCUACCAUCGGCCCCAGCAUGCUACCCACGAUUGAAGCCAAAGGAGACUGGGUUUUAAUAUCAAGAUUGAAUCGAAGAGGAAGAGGCAUCUCAGUCGGUGAUGUUGUCAGCGCUGAUCAUCCAGCAGUUCCGGGCCGCGGAGCCAUCAAGAGGGUUAUCGGCCUGCCAGGGGACUUUGUGGAGAGAAAGACGCCGGGUUCAGACAAUCCUACGAUCAUACAGAUACCCGAAGGCCAUUGCUGGAUUGUGGGUGACAACCUUCCCCAUUCGAGAGACUCACGAAUGUAUGGACCGCUGCCAUUAGCACUUAUUAAGGGCAAGGUCCUAGGGGUAUUAUUUCCAUGGAACGAACGAAGACGGAUAAGAAAUAAUGUCACGGCUCUUGAGUUGUGAAUCAUUUCGAGUUGCAAAGCUUGGGCUUGUUGCCUGUGGGAGUUGUAUCUUAUACGUCAAUAAAUUGAGAAGAGUGCUGCGAAUGCGCGCUUUUAGAUUGAACACAAUAUACAUCUAGAAUACAUGAUAUAAAAAUAAUCUAUAUUACUCCCCCAAAGAC